CACCCCAAAGCUUUUCUUUACAUCUCCUUUUUUGAGGGCUGAAUAUCAAGAAAAAAAAUCAAGAAGAAAGAAACAGGAUUUAAGAAUGGUUUUCACUGGAGUCAUCCUUUCUGCUCUGGUUAUGUUCCUGCUUUCUGACAGUGCUCAGUGCAGAAGAGUCAACUGCAAGUCUGACUGUUGCUCAUUUGUGGAGGGCUUUCCAGUGAGACUGAAGGAGCUCCGUUCUGCAUACAGAGAAAUACAGAGGUUUUAUGAGUCCAAUGAUGACUUGGCACCAUUACUCGACGAAAAUGUGCAACAGAACAUCAACAGUCCUUAUGGUUGUCAUGUCAUGAAUGAGAUCCUGCGCUUCUACUUGGACACAAUUCUGCCAACAGCUGUCCAGCAGGACCACUUGCACUCAAAAACACCAAUUAACUCCAUAGGAAAUAUAUUUCAGGAUCUCAAGCGGGAUAUACUGAAAUGUAAGAAUUACUUUUCUUGCCAAAAUCCCUUUGUGUUCGCCAGCAUAAAGAACUCAUAUGAAGAGAUGAAAGGAAAAGGUGUUUAUAAAGCCAUGGGAGAGCUUGAUAUGCUCUUUAAGUACAUCGAGCAGUAUUUGGCAUCAAAGAGAGUCAAGCACUAAUAAGGUGUCACUGUGGAUUAGAUGGUGGUCAUCAUGACUUGAGUCAAGUCUGAAUAAUCUGAAAAGGAACGAUGGGCAGAUCAAUCACAUACUGUAGGAUAUGGCACAAAUGGAAUUCAUUCUUUAAUUUUUAUCGCUUACACAUCACCAUUCCAUCACACUACUUUAUGAUGCACUGGAAUGCCUUUCCCUUACCCUUCAGUUUCUGGAUGUCACAGUGGCAAUGUUUUAGGUUCAACUAAAACCAUAAGAUGUUGUUUAAGUCACAUUGACUUAAAUGAGGCUUAUUUUAAAAAUUAGUUGCAUUUUGCCAACUUGCUCAAAUAACUUGAAUCUAUUGUGUAAAUACUGCUAUUUAUGUCUUGUGAACUUUAUUUAUUUUUGUUACUUCAUGUAUUUCACUGUAUUGUUCACUUAUUUCUGAUGCUUGUAUUUAAUUUGUUACAGAAAUGUGUCAUCAAUAAAUUAUUGCAACUCA